GAGUCCUCUGCAACUGCAGCGCCGUGGGGAGCGCCAGCGCGGCCGAAUGCAACGGCACGACGGGGCAGUGCCCCUGCCUGGAGGGCUACGCGGGGCUGCGCUGCGAGAGCUGCGCCCGGGGCUUUCACCCGGAGCCUGGGAGCCAGCGGUGCCGUCCCUGCAGGCUCCACCAGCGCCCAGUGCGACCGGCGGCUCUGAGCCGGGUGGCGGGCGAGGGGCUCGGCUGUGGACGCACCAACCCUUCCACCAAAGCCGGUGGCUUUGGUUGGAGCCGAGGGAGCGGGGAGGUGAAACCUCACCUCUCGGGGGAAUGCCAGUGUAAAGUUGGUGUCACGGGCCUGAAGUGCGACCAGUGCAGUGAUGGGUACUACAGGUUUAACGAAACCGCCUGCGAGCCGUGCCAGUGCAACAACCACUCCAAAACCUGCAACAGCUUAACAGGCACCUGCCUGCACUGCCAGGAAAACACCGAGGGAAGCCACUGUGAGCUCUGCAAGGAGAACUUCUACAGAAGCACCCAUCCUCCCCACGCCUGCCUUCGCUGCCCCUGCUCCACCGUGGCAUCCACCGGCACCUGCCGAAUAGAGCCUGGUGAAACUGUCCCGAGGUGCGACAGAUGCAAAACCGGGUACACCGGCCUGAACUGCAACCAGUGUGACAACGGCUACUACAACUCUGACAGCAUCUGCGUGAGGUGUAAAUGCAACGGCAACGUGGACCCAGCGCUGUCGCCCAGCGUGUGCAAGCCGGACAGUGGGGAGUGCAUUGGCUGCCUGUACCACACUGCGGGGUUUCACUGCGAGGAGUGCGAGGAUGGCUACGUCCGAGACCCCGAGGGGACCAACUGCACCAAGAAAGAAGCCACGCUUGGCCCAGAAACAAGGGAGUUUACCACUUCUGCUCCAAACGCCAGCAAGGCAGCAUCAUUUUCAACUGCAGUGAUAAACAGUACGUUGUCACCAACAACUAUACCGACUAUAUUACCUAUGAGCUCCUCUGACAACAGUACCUCUGCUUUUGCAGACGUUUCAUGGACUCAGUUUAACAUAAUUAUUUUGACGGUCAUCAUCAUUGUUGUGGUCCUGCUCAUGGGCUUUGUGGGUGCUGUCUACAUGUACCGUGAGUAUCAGAACAGGAAACUUAACGCUCCUUUUUGGACCAUCGAACUCAAAGAGGACAACAUCAGUUUUAGCAGCUACCACGACAGCAUACCCAACGCUGAUGUUUCGGGGCUGUUGGAAGACGAUGGCAAUGAAGUGGCCCCGAAUGGACAGCUGACGCUGACGACUCCCAUGCAUAAUUAUAAAGCUUAGAAGCAGCCGUGAUCCAGCUAUUCCAAAAUUGGCUUUAAAAAGUCACAGGGCUUGUUAAAGGGGUGUCAGGAUCCGUGCCAAGGCUCCACGCAGAGGAAUUCGCUCUUCAGAUACUCUUGUGCUGGGCAUGCUGUAGCUUGCAGGCGAACAGAAAAGAAGUGCAGUACAUCUGAAUUUCAGGUAAUAUGGUGGAAUGCAUUCAGUGUCCUGUUCUCCACAAAGUUCUACAGAAUUCACUGUUGUUACACGUGGUUAUCCUGAUCUUAAAAUACUGUUUUUUAAUGAAGAGGUGGUGGGCUGGAGAAAGCAGUACCCCGUGGUUAAUCAGAAGCCACUCGAUUUCCAGCCAACCUAACGCUUACAUCUGCAUCCUUUAGUUUGAAAAGUAGCUCAAGAAUUAACAGUGGAUGUUCAGGAAACAGCCCUUUGUAAAGGCUUCAUGUUAGUUCCUGACAUGAAUCUGUUUGAAAAGGAGGACAAAAAAA